CCAAGCUCCGCAUCCUCGUCGCCCGCAUUUAUUGUCAUUUCCUUGUCACUUCUUUUCAUCGGAUACUAAGAGGGGUUUUUGGGUUAAUAUGUCGGCUCAGAACUCCGCGGGCAUUCAGACCCUCCUCGAUGCUGAGAGAGAGGCUCAGAAGAUUGUGCAGCAAGCCCGAGAAUAUCGCACCAAGCGGAUAAGGGACGCCAAGGCCGAGGCCCAGAAGGAGAUCGAAGAGUACCGCAACCAGAAGGAGGAAGAAUACAAGAAGUUCGAGGCCGAGCACUCGAGCGGAUUCAAGAAGGCCGAGGAAGAUGCCAACAAGGAGGCCGAGGAGAAGCUCAAGGAGAUUGAGGCUGCCGGCAAGAAGCAUGGCGACAAGGUUGUCGAAGACCUGAUCAAGGCGACGACCGAUGUGAAGCCCCAGGUGCCGGAGAAGAUCGUCGUGCAGGCAUAGAGUCGGACAUUUUUGGGUUCAUUGUUUUCUUGUAUUGCGGCCGUUGUUAGAUGCGCUUUCGUGGCUGUUCAUCGAUAUCCAUUCUUCGGGAAAUAUGAUUGUAUCUUACAGAACCAGAUUCUGGAUCUAAGUUACUCUUA